GACACGAAACUUAUAGUUGUGUGUGGUUUGAGGUUAGGUGUCGUAUCGGUAGUAUGCCAAAGUUAAAUAUGAAGUGGGGUACGGAGCAAAUUAUUCGCUUCUUGGACAUUUAUGCUAUGCAUAGGUGCUUGUGGGAUUUCAACGAUGCUGACUAUAAAAAUAAGCAACAACGUGCCGCUGCACUAGAGGCCAUCCUGCGCGACUUGAACAUGGAUGGAUUAACGAUGUCUGAGCUGCAGACCAAAAUUCAUUCAAUUAGAAACACAUACACAAAUGAAUUACGAAAAAUGGAAGCAAGUAAAUCAUCUAGCUGUGGAACAGACCGUAUCUACAAGACAAAAAUUCCAUGGUUCGAGCUGGCGGAUUCCUUUUUAAGGGAGAUUGUUUACAAGAGGAAAAAUUACACAAAUUUGGAUCUGUUAUGUGACAAGGAUCGCAAGUUUCCCUUAAGAUCUGAAGCUGCAGCACACAAGAAAGUGGUUCCAGUUCACACACCCGGAUUGACUUCAUCAGAGCAAACAUCCAGUUCUUCAUUUGCAGCAUCCAGCAAAAAAGUAAUGAUGGCUCCUCAAUCACACGAUCGUUUCAUAAUGCCCACACGGUAUUUGGAAGCUGAAGACGAUGAAUUCUUGACAUUGGCAAGGGGUUAUGCAGUUAAGCUGAGGAAAUUAACUCCACAACAGCUAAUGUUUGCUGAUAAAGUGAUCAAUGACACAUUACUUGAUGCUCAAAUGGGUCUCUUGACCAGAGGCAGCUACGUGGUUCACUCGUCAGGAAUUCCGGCAACUCCUAGUUGAAAUUGGCAUUUGUGGUUUCAUACUUCAUCCAACUCUCCUUCAGAACAUCAAUUUGGGGAAAAAAAACCGGUGGAGAGAUUCUCUUAUAGUGGUGAUGAUGCACAAAUAUAACAAUAAUGAUGAUGAUUUCUGAACACAUUCUCAUGUUGCGAAUUUGAUGUAAUAUUUUUGUAAAUAAUAAAGUAGCUAUAGUGUUUCCAUAGA